CCACGCUAAAUACGACCCUCGCUGAGCUAGGAGAAGUCAGUAAAAAGACAGAAAGCGGGACAACUACUCUGUGUGUGCGAGGGUCCAAAGUAAAGUCCAAGCCGUGCAGUGGAACAAGAGCACACGACCUAAAUCUGAGUGUUCGAAAGUUCUGGCUCACCUCCCGACAUCCAACCAGAACGGAUUCCAAUCUGGAGGAAGACAAUAAAAUAUGCAAUCUCUACUAAAACGAGCUCCGGCGUGGUUUGCCCGCCGUGCGGGGAGUCAGGAAUGCCUGCUGGACAGACCGAGCGAGCCGGUCUCCAUCGUCCAACACAAAGUGGCACGGAGUGAGUUUGAGUACACUUCCUUGGAGAUUAGACGGCUUCUCGAGGAGGGAAAGUUUCAGUUAGGGGUGGAAAUGCUCCGCAAGCUGUCCCACGAAUUUGUGCGUCGUUGCCUCAGGAGCUUCCCCUUCAAGACCCUCAACCGAUGCGUCCCCAAGAGCUUUCCAGUGUGGGAGAUGCUCCUGGUGAAAUUACACAACAACGAGGAGGGGUGCAUCCCUGAUUUCCCCCACGUGCACUGCGAUGAGCUGGUCUUACAGAUCGGGCAGCUGUUGGAGGAGGUCGUAGACAGCCCCAUGGAGAACGCGGACCUCAUCCAUGCCUGCAAACGAAUGCUGAAGAAGGUUUACAUGCAGUACAACAACGUGCUUCAGCCGCUCAUCAAGGAAAGCGAGCGGAUCGAGUGCGCACUCUACUCCCUCAGUCUCCACCUACCCAUUGGGACCGACAGUGCUGCCGUGUCUCUCCACACGGCCAUCAGGGACGAGAUCGAGGCCUGCAUCUUUGACUACCAGGAGACCCUGGAGAAAAUCGCAGAGAUCGAGGCGAAAGAGUCGCAGCUUCUCUCGCAGCUGUCGACCGUGACCCACCAGAACGGGACGAUCCCCAACGACGAGACGCCUGUCAUCGAAUUCCACAGCCCCAACCCCACUCAGAUUCAGCUUCAGGAGAGACUCUACUCUAAUCAGUGGGUGAAACGGGCGCUCGAGCCCAACCAGCGCAAGGGAAACCUCGCGCAGCUCGUCGAGAUGCUCAAGUCACGAAUCGACAAUGACAAGGAAGUCAUCGCUCUGUACGGGAGCAUACGUUCGAGGAACAAGUCCCUGUCCAACACGGAGGCAGUUGAGCCGUGGUUGAGGAAACACCAGCGAGCAGUGGGGUGCUGCCUCACGGUGCUCAAGGACAUUGAGAAGGAGAUAAAACUCCAGCGGCCAUCGUCACCCACAGAGGCCGGGUUGGAGCUGAGUAGCUCGCUGGAGGAUGCAGGCCCCGACCUACUCACUGUUCCCGUCCUCAACUUCAGGACCGACGAACACUUUGUCAACAGACCUCCGUUUGGGCGACGGGCAUCAGCAGCCAUCCCAGCCCUCUUCAACAUUGGAGAGAAAGAGGCAGAGGAGGAGGACAUGGACAAGAUGGCGAGAAGAAACUCGGUCCCACCUCCCACCAAGCAGCACAGACCUCGCUCCACCUCCCCCAUGAAGUUCCUGCGAGGUGCACACCCAGCUCUCCACCACGGUACCAACGGAGUCACCCAGAACGGUGCGGCAGCUGUCGGAGGCGGCAUCACGGAGAACGGGAGCUGGAAGUCACUCUACUCGAGCCGUCGCAGUCUCAACGGGAGGGAGAACUCCUCCAGUAUCCACGAUCUCAACCAGGUGGGUGAACCGGCUCAGGCCUUCCGACGGGCUCAGUCUCUCAAGGCCAAGGGUCGCUACGUAGUGACCCCAGUCGCUCCUCCUCAGCCCCCUCACCUGACAGCCGGACGGAAAAAGACAGAAACCCACCGACAGAGCUCCUCGAAUCUGGCCACAACCUCGUCGGCCGCCGGAGGAGACAGCAAAUCCUCAAAGCUAAAGAACCUCUUUCGCAGUGGGUCUGGGGGACUGGUGACCAAAUGUGAUACACAGCAACAGAGAGAUGAAAAGGCGCCCGACUCUGAGCUAGCCCUGAAACUGGAGAGCAUGAACAAGGAGCUGUUCAAGAGGGAGAGGAAAAUCAAUGAAUUUGAGAGAAACAUUAGGGAACUUACUGACAGGCUCUCUGAGCAGGCUCAGAGACAGCUGCAGGACAGCGAGAUGUUUGAGGACAUCCAGUGUGCCAGUCGAGCCACGGUCGUCAUCCGGCGCUACGAGGAGCUGUACUCUCAGGCGAGGAUUGAGGCACUGGACGCCAUUGAGGCCCUGCAUCUUCACGGCCCCCAGGACUCUACCGCAGACAUGGACGCCAGCGACAUGUUCAACGUCCGAUUCCUGUUGGAAGUUUUCAAGACGGCAUACCAUUGUUCAUGGGUGUACCUGCAACAGCUGCACGGGCUCUGGAGAAAGCUGUUUGGAGUGCCCGCCGCAGCAACACCAGACAAGGAGCGCCAGGUGUCACUGGGGAGAGGGUCGAGUGCCGGGAGUGGAGAGGAGGGGGAGGGGGAGGAGGGAGAGAGUGGGGGCCAGGUGAGCAACCAGACGGCAGAGAAGCAGCUGGAGUCGGGAAUCAUGGUCUACCUCAGGAGAGUGUCUAGUCAGCAGGACUUGACACCAAUCACAAAGUUGCUGGUGUCUAAACUGGAUGCCAAGUACUGUGACCACACCAUGUACCCAGAGGUAAAGGGUCUCGCAGCAGUGGCAGACUACAUGGAGGAAUGUGUCAAGGUGGCGUGGGGUCUGAUCAUCCAGACUCCCCACAUGACCAUCGACUGGAGCAAAACUGUCUAUAACCCAGAGCACCACAAGAGGUUCUACAGCGCAGACAAGAGACAGACUGACAUUCUCAUGUACAUGUGGCCUGUCCUCACGCAGUUCAAUGGCCCCGUUCUCGUGCAAGGCAUCGUCCUCACUUGAUUUUUUAUCUCAUCAUUGUCCAUAUUUAUAAUUUCAGAUUUUCAUAUUGUUAAUUUCGUUCAUCUUCAAACUUUGCGCGUUCC